AUGGGUUUCGAGGAUGAUCCGUACCGUGAUGUAGAUGGGGAGCCAUUGAUGGACUUUGACGAGCCACUCCAGGACUUUGAGGAUAACUUGGCCGAUGAUGUCGGAGACUGGGAUGGUGAAGGGUCACAGACGCCUGUUUAUGAAAACGACAAAGUCAAACCGAGGAAGAGGUUGGUGAAGAAAGCGUCUAGUGGAACAGAGACUAUCGAUGUUCCUGAAUUGAUUGAUGAGGAUGUGGAGGAUGCGGAGUUCGAUGAGUUUAUGGAUGGAAGAGGAGGAGGAGGAGGACGAGGUGCUACAGAUUAUGCUGAUGAUAAGGUUGGUAGGAAGAGGAAGAAGGAGAAAGAUCGAAGUGGUAGUGGCAGUGGGAAGGAGAAGAGGAAUAAGUUCUCAAGCCGCGGUGAGAGGAAGUCAGAUGAGAUUGAUGAGAUGUGGAAAUCUAUUGCGAAUAACCCAGAGAAUGAUGAAGAAGGUGUUAGGACUAUGGAUGACGAUAAUUUCAUUGACGAUACUGGUUUGGAUCCUUCUGAGAGGUAUGGAGGUGAUGCUGGAGACCGCUCUCCAACCCAUUUUCCUCAGGCGGAGGAAGGUGACGAGGAUGAUGAGGUGAAUAACCUUUUCAAAAUGGGGAAGAAAAAGAAAAAGACUGAGAGAAACCCUGCGGAAAUCGCACUCUUGGUUGAGAAUGUGAUGGCUGAGCUUGAGGUCACUGCUGAGGAAGAUGCAGAACUUAAUAGACAGGGGAAGCCUGCUAUCAACAAGCUUAAGAAACUUUCCCUUCUCACCGAUGUACUUGGAAAGAAGCAGCUUCAGACAGAGUUCCUGGACCAUGGAGUUCUAACUCUGUUGAAGAAUUGGCUUGAGCCUCUUCCGGAUGGAAGCUUGCCAAAUAUAAACAUCCGUGCAGCUAUUCUAAGGGUUCUUACUGAUGUCAUUAUGUUCUUAUCAAAGUCCGAUGAGGAAACUACUUCAAACAGAAGACUUGCUAAGGAUUUGGUUGAUAAAUGGUCUCGUCCAAUUUUCAACAAGAGUACUAGGUUUGAGGACAUGAGAAAUCUUGAUGAAGAUAGGGUUCCUUACAGAAGGCCAACAGUGAAGAAACCUAUCAACAAAGCUUCAACGAUGGAGUCCAGAGAUGGUGACUUUGACUUAGAUAUUCGGCAACGUAAAUCUGGUCUGACUUCGGGUCAGAGUUCAAGGGGAGACUCGUCCAGGCAAAUGACCAUGAGACCAGAAGCAACCCCAUUGGACUUUUUGAUUCGUCCUCAAUCAAAGAUUGACCCUGAUGAGGUCAGAGCCCGUGCUAAACAGGUUUCUCAGGACCAGCGUCGAGUGAAGAUGAACAAGAAACUGCAGCAGCUAAAAGGAACAAAGAAGAAGCGGUUGCAAGCCACGAAGGUGAGCGUGGAAGGUCGGGGUAUGAUCAAGUACUUGUAG